GUCUCAUCGUCUAUGUUUUAUUUUAUUUACUUUUUGUGUUGGACGGUUGUUGCUGGUCUCUCGGUAAAUAUCCGAUUCCACUUGAACGCACCACAGCGUGUAGCGCUGUUGCCGUGGAAACGGGACUCCCGGUAUCCAACGCUAAGUUUAAUAAAACAGUUCUGACACGAGUCUGACAUUGAACAUAAUGGACACUGCAGAGAGUAUCGAAGAAACAAACUAUACAACUAUCGAAGUAACUGUCGUGCGUGGAAAUUACCUGCCGAGCUCGUUAAAUCAGGCGAAGAAGACCGGCGUCUUCCAGAGUUCAGUGCAGGUGGAGGUGGACGGAAAUGUGCUGGGAGAGUCGGAGAGGAAGGAGGUGGAGCAGGUGGCGCAGCGCGUGGACUAUAACUUCACCUGCGGCCUCCUCUGCCGUGGUGACGCGGAGGCGCUCAGCGAGCUCCUCAGCAAACCCCUGAUCCUGACGGUGAGGGAGUUCCUGCCCGAGGAGAAGAAAGCUGUGGCGAGGACGUCGGUGGUGGGCCAAGCUGUGGUCGACCUGCAGCCGCUGCUACAAGGUCAGUGCAGCUUCUCGGUCAAAGUCCCAGUGAAUCCAGUGAUCGCCUCCUCGGCCAAAAACACCACCCCGCAGCCCACCCUGUGCGUGCGUGUCAGUGUGACGGAUCCGUUGCUCUCGGAGGCCGAGCUGUCAUCCUCCAACCUGCUGAGGGUAACCGUGGAGACGGCCUUCUCCAUCCCCGAGUCGUGGUCCUUGGAGUCAGGCUCCACUCCCUGCAAAUACUCUGCUGCUCUGGAGGUCCCGCUCACUGCACAGAAGGAUCAGGUGCUGCUGUUCUGUGAGGGGCAGCUGAAGGCCGGCGGGCAGAGGGAGCCAAAUGGUCGACAGAAGAAGAGGCCCCAUCAGGCGCUGCUGGUCCCGGCGAACCACUUCCUGCCCGCUGCCUUCCUCCAGGUACAGCCCGGGGAGGAGGAGGACGGCGAGCUGACGGGGGCCGAGGACCAGGCGUUUCGCAAAACUACCGAGAUCACAAAGAACAGGGUGAGCUGGGACACGGAGAUGCCCUGCUUCCUGGACGCGGGAGGAACCAGCAGGCUGCGGCAGAAGAUCACAGAGAGCCGACUGUGGCCCCUGGAGAUAAUGAGGCUGACAAAGGCAGCAGAAACCAAGAUGCUAGCUGAGGGGAACCUGGAGAUCCCCUUCCACGGUGUGGCGUUUGUGGACAUGGGGCGGCUUCUGUUCCCUGGAGUCCGCCGCAUCCGAGGAGCCUACAGCAUCCAAACCUUCUCCGAGGCUGAGUUGCUGAAAAAGGCCAAGCGGAGUGUCAGUGUGCUAAAGGAGCACGUCAAGUUGGCAGCCAACCAGGUCAAAGGUCGUACCGGCUCAGCCGCGGGCUCCCACAAGGCGAGGGCGCGCGGAGCGAAGGAGUCCAAAGAGCCGGCCAAAAAGCAGCACCCUGGCAGUCAGAGCAGAAUUGCUGCAGCUGACGUGGGGGCCAACGGGGGGGCCGAAAGUGAGCUGCACCUCAAUUUGGAGGCAAAUAUGUAUGCCGAGGCCAGAACUUAUAUUAUCAUUGAGAUAACCUUGGAGAAACCGCUUGUAUCCAAAACCCCCGCAGAGGAGCUGUCCAGUAGGGUGAGGGCGUUGAUCCCUCCCAAACCUCCACACCCAGCGGGUCCCAGCAGAGCAGAAAGAGCCGUGCUGGACUUCCACAGGCAGGUGGGCAACGUGGUGACCCAUGUCUCGGACCAGUACGGGGAAUUGUUGGCGGCCGGGUGCGAGCCGUCGGAAAACCUCAGCCGGGAGCAGAUGUACGUUGAGCUGAUGGGAUCGCUCAACGACUCCGGGAGAUACUGCGCCUUCAAGGAGCAGAUGAAGCAUUCGGUGGUGAGGAUCGUACGUGACAAAAUGCAGCGGACGCAGCCCAUCGAUGACCCUCAGGAGCUCAGACGCUUUGUCAGCAAGCUCUAUGUCUACCUGGUGGACGAGAUGCACGUAGCUCACAACAAGAUCUACUCACAUGACGUUGUUGAUGACUCACCGGAUGAGAUCCAGUUGAGUUCUUCUCAGCUCAGACAUUUUGCCAGAGAGGCUCAGCUCAUUGGAGAUCAUCAGAAGGCUGUGGAGCACUACCAAGAGUUGGUGGUGAGGGAGCCGACUGACGCCUCCCACAAGUUUGAGUGGGGGGGACUUUACAUGCUGACCGGAGACUACAUGAAGGCCAGAGAGUGCUUCCAUGACGCCGUGUCCGUCCAGCAGGCACACAGGCCCAGCCUGAUGAUGUGCGGCGUCUUGGCGGCGAUGUUUGAGGGUCACGAGGAGGCCCGGACCUUCCUGGAGAGAGCCGCCAGCAUAGAGCCGCCCAGCGUGGUGGCCUGGACGCUGCUGGGUUUGCACCACGAGAUCCAGAGCGAAUCCAUCCUGGCAGAGAGCGCUUUCCUGGAGGCCAGAAGGCAGCUGAGGGCGAACGAAGGAAAGAAGCAAACACAGAGCGGGAAGGAGGUGGAGGAGGAGUCGGAGGCGGAAAAAGAGACGAAGGAGACAAAUGAGGAGGAGGCGGAGAAAGGGACUAAGGAGGCAAAUGAGGAGGAGGAGGAGGCGGAGAAAGGGACUAAGGAGGCAAAUGAGGAGGAGGAGGAUGAGGAGAAAGACACAGCUGCAUGUCCGUCUCCCAGCGAUAAGGAAGACCCACAGUGCAGAGACCAGGACCAGGACCAGGACCAGGACUCGGAGGUGCAAGGAAAGCCUCCAGUGAACGUGAGCGCCAGCUCCAUAUCAGCUCCAGCUAAACCCUCCUCCACCAUUUACACCGAGGCGGCUCAGUUCCUGCUGCAGAACUCUGCUCUGCAGAUGGCGGAGCGCGCUCUGUCCCUGGAGCUGCUGUCCGACGCCGGCCCCAGCGUCUCCUACCCUCUCCUCCUGGCCCGGCUGCAGCUGCUCCGAGCGGACUACCGCGGCGCCGCCAACAGCCUCCGGGAGGCGUUGUUCACCAGCGACGCGUGGGCGCUGAACGGUCACUGCCAAUUCCUGCUCGGGGCCUUCACUGACGCCCGGAGGAGCUACGAGUGGAGCCUGAACUUCCCGCAGCCGCCAUCAGACUGUGACUUGGUCCUCCUGCGCCUGGGAUCCAUCUACCUCCAGCAGGAGAAGUAUGAGCAAGCCAAAGGCGUGUACCUGCGGGCUUGUGAGGAGUCUCCGUCCUGCCUCACAUGGCUGGGCCUGGGCACCGCCUGUUACCGGCUGGAGGAGCUGUGUGCUGCUGAGGAAGCUCUGACUGAGGCCAACCACCGGAACUGGCAGAACGCAGAGGUGUGGGCUUACCUGUCUCUGGUCUGCCUCAGGUCGGGCAGACGAGAGGAAGCGGAGCAGUUCCACAAACAUGCAAAAAGGUUCGACCUGCAGGAGGAGCCGUUGCUCAAAGAGUUCUCCGAGCUGAAGGAGAAGCUCCGCUUCACUCCGCUGGCGUCCUGCUUUGGGAACAGCUCGUGAAGUACAUUUCAUACAAAACACACAAAACACGUUUUUAUUGUAUUUUUAAGCAUGUAACACGGUCAGAUUUUCCAGUUCUAGUAACUGUAAUCAAGUCAAACAAUGUUCAGCAUUACAGACAAACUCAAAGCAACGCAAAUAGUCACAAAUGUGUACAAAACAACUGCAAUAUUCUUUUUUUUAAAUGUACCGCAUGAGGAAGAGAAAAGGUAAAAGGGCAAGUGGUAUCACAGAAUAUUAGAAACCGUCCCACGCCGCUUUCACCUGCAGAGACCUCGUAGUGCUAAAACGUCUCAGCAGAUUUUGGCACAAUCCUUCCUGCGCUGGAAAGGAAAUGUUCUGUUCAACGUGUCCCGUCAAAUGUAUUUAUAAUGCAUAUUUGACAUUAAAUGUCCUAUUUUAAA